CACCAGAAGAUGGCGGCCACCAGGAAGCGGUGGGGGAUUGGGCGUUGGUGACAUUACAGUAGUGGCCGGUGUGGGAGACGGUGAAUGGGACACUUCUGCUCUCAGCGUGCGAGCGAGCGGAUGAGUGACGGCCCGAUGAGUGGUGUCGAAAGUGGCAGAGAGAGGUUCUCAUCCUCUGCUCUGCCCAGGUGGCUGCUGCUGUUCGCUGUGUCCUGCCUGGGGUUGCGGAUGGUGGCAGCGAUGGGGAAGGAAGAGAAACGCCAACUCAGGGAUCAAGUAUUGGAGAUGUUUGAUCAUGCAUAUCAAAAUUACAUGAAACACGCUUACCCAGCUGAUGAACUAAUGCCGCUGACAUGUCGUGGCCGUGUGCGUGGCUUGGAACCUAGUCGUGGUGACGUGGAUGAUGCACUUGGCAAAUUUUCUUUGACCUUAAUUGACACUCUGGAUACUCUUGCACUGCUGAAUCAAUUAGAAGAAUUUGAAGUUGCCGUGAAGAAGGUUAUAAAUGAUGUUCACUUGGAUAAUGAUGUUGUUGUCUCAGUCUUUGAGACUAAUAUUAGGGUGCUAGGAGGUUUGCUGGGAGGCCAUUCCAUGGCCACCUUAGUGAAAGAACAAAGUGAGCAGAUGCAGUGGUACAACGAUGACCUUCUCUUCAUGGCAAAGGAUCUUGGGUACAGGUUGCUGCCAGCAUUCAAUACUACCAGUGGGCUUCCUUACCCCAGAGUAAAUCUGAAACAUGGAUUAAGACGGCCGCAAGCCAGAACAGGCACAGAAACGGACACCUGUACCGCCUGUGCAGGGACCCUCAUCCUGGAGUUCGCAGCUCUGAGCAGACUUACUGGAGACCCUAUUUUUGAGCAACAUGCUCGCAAGGCCUUAGACUUUUUGUGGGAGAGAAGACAGCGCAACAGCAAUCUCGUGGGAACAACCAUCAACAUCCAUACAGGGGACUGGGUCCGCAGAGACAGUGGAGUUGGAGCUGGGAUUGAUUCUUAUUAUGAGUACCUCUUCAAAGCGUACAUUCUGCUUGGUGAUGAUGGAUAUUUGCAGAGAUUCAACACUCAUUAUGCAGCCAUCAUGAAGUACAUAAGCCAACCCCCUCUCCUGCUGGAUGUCCACAUACAUAAGCCGCUGCUAAAUUCACGAACGUGGAUGGAUGCCUUGUUGGCUUUCUUCCCAGGCCUCCAGGUAUUGAAAGGAGAUAUCCGUCCAGCUAUAGAAACUCAUGAGAUGUUGUAUCAAGUGACAAAAAAGCAUAACUUUCUACCAGAGGCUUUUACCACUGAUUUUAGGGUUCACUGGGCUCAACAUCCUCUCCGACCUGAAUUUGCUGAAAGUACCUAUUUCCUAUACAAGGCUACAGGAGAUAAAUAUUACUUGGAGGUGGGAAAGACGAUCAUUGAGAACCUGAAUAAAUAUGCUCGUGUACCAUGUGGCUUUGCAGCAAUGAAAGAUGUUCGUACAGGAAGCCAUGAAGACAGAAUGGAUUCCUUUUUCUUGGCUGAAAUGUUCAAAUAUCUGUACCUUCUCUUUGCGGAGAAAGAGGAUGUUCUCUUUGAUAUUGAGGAUUAUAUCUUCACAACUGAGGCCCAUUUGUUACCACUUUGGCUCUCUACGAAUUUCACCAAGAAACAAAAAAAUGAGGCAACAGCUUACUCAGAUUUGGAUGACAGCAACUUUGAUUGGUCGUGCCCUAAUACACAAGUUCUAUUCCCAAAUGAUCCUUCUUAUGCCAACAGCAUUCGUGAACCUUUUAAAAAUGUAGUGGAUAAAACUUGCCCAAAGGCCAACAUGAGACAGGACGUAGGUGGUGAUGGUCCUGGGGUCAGGUCACAUCUGAGGGCCAGAGACUUUAUGGCCAACAAUGCUGAACACCUCGAUUUGCUAAAGAAAAUGGGAGUCAGCCUAAUUCAUCUCAAGGAUGGCAGAGUCCAGCUGGUUCAACAUGCAAACCAGGCAGCAAGUGCACACGAUGCAGAGGACGGCCUGCGUUUCAUGCAGGAGAUGAUUGAAUUGUCCAGUCAGCAGCAGAAGGAGCAGCUGCCACCUCGAGCUGUCCAAAUCAUCUCCCCUCCAUUCCUUGGUCGAAUGGUACUCACAGCUGGACCAGCACAGUUUGGAAUAGAACUUUCCAAAAUCACCACUGGGGUACGAGGCUUUGUUGCAAAAUGUGAGCCCUACAAUGGCUGUUCGGAAGUAACAAAUCAUGAGUCGAUAAAGGGGAAAAUUGCCCUGAUGCAACGAGGUCAUUGUAUGUUUGCUGAGAAGGCACGGAAUGCGCAGAAGGCAGGGGCGAUAGGAGGCAUUGUUAUCGAUGACAAUGAAGGAAGCAGCAGUGACACAGCGCCGCUUUUCCAAAUGGCUGGUGAUGGAAAGAACACUGAUGAUGUUACAAUCUCAAUGCUUUUCCUCUUCAACAAGGAAGGAAAUAUCAUUCUUGAUGCUAUGCAGGAAUACCAGGAAGUGGAAGUGCUGCUCUCUGAUAAAGCGAAGGAUAGAGCCUCAUUUAUUAAAGAUCCGGGUAUGGAAGAAUCAGAGCGGAAUUCCGAAGUCUUGCAGUCCAGGGAGCCAAGCUCGGCCACUUAUGAAUGUCAGAGAGAAGCAGCACUGAACAUUAAAAUCCCAAGCGGUUGGAAAGCUGAUGAACCAGUGAAUGAUAACAGUGGUCAGUCAAUCAUGUCUGAUGCAAAGAUGCAACUACGUAACGAAAUUUUGGAUAUUUUGAGUGGUUCUGAUCAGAACCCAAGGAAAACUCCUACUGACACAUCCUCGGAUACUGUUGAUGGCAAAGACAAGGACAUGCAAAGGACAGGUUGUCAAGGGACCUUUGAAGAUGACCAGGAAUCUAGUGCUCAGUCUUCAGAUCAGGAAAAUGAAGAGACUGAUAAUGAGGUAGAGCAGGAGUCCAGUCCAAAUAUUAGUCAAGAGACAGAGGCUCGAACAAUAGAUUCCUUGUUAUCAGACUGGAAGGAAGAGAUAGACGCCUUUGAAAUGAUGGAUAAGGAUGAGCUAUGACCGCGGUCAUACAUUUGUACGAUGCGAUUUUCCUCCUUCCCCCCCCCAGGUGAACCGGGUGUAAUUGCGCCCAGAGACAUUCCCUGAACAACUGGAAGAAUGUGCCGAUCUGUCUCUUUGAUUUGUAUCAACCUUCAAAUGUGGAGAAGGGCCUACAAUUUACUGACCAUCUCUUCAACCUGUUUCAUCUAAAGAUGCCUCUCCGAUAAAUGGUUUUCCUGAAACAGCAAACCUCAGGCUGAGAGAAAUGUGCCAGGGUUGAGAGAACUUGCAUUGCAUUAUUUUCUACCUUUCCCUCCCUCAUCCAUUCACACGCACACUCUUUCACUGUUGCAAACUAAUCUUAUUGUAUUACUGCAGGUUUUAAAAACCACAACAUUCUGUAGCAUUCAUCCACUGUAUGAUUACAAGCUGACCGCCAAUCGCCAGAUUAAAACACACAGCUGCUUAAUUUAUUUUAAAAAUAUCUAUAAUUACUGAAAUAUGAUUUUAGCUCUUUUUUGCUUUUCAUCAGACAAAAUCAUUUUUGACAAAACUGCUUGCAGCAAUGAGAUUUAUUAUGAGGUGUUUUCAGCACUAUCUCAAAUGGGAUCCAGUGUUGUCAGACACUGGAACUUGUGGUUUAAAUAAUUUAAUAACUACAUACUAAUUUUUAUUUUGUUCUGUCCUGACUGACCAUAUCCCCCCAUGCCACUCCUAAACCUUUACAAGUUUGCUAUCUUCCAUUAAAUAUGUUGCAGGGAUAACAGCAUUCAAGCAAAUGAUAUGCAGCAUUCAAGCAAAUGAUAUGCAGCAUUCAAGCAAGUGACGACUGCCGGGGCACUGAUUUUGACCCUUUUGUGGAUAUCAGAUCUCUCAAAUCUUGUCCAUUUAGUAAAUAUUUCUGCCCGAUAGCUGUUAACUGAGUAACUGCCGCUGAAUCCAAGUUCAGUUACAGAUUUGAGAUCAGAUGACAGGGUUGAUCUUGUAAAAAGGUUAUGGUUAGCAGCAGCUCUACAUUAGUUAAUACUGUAAACAGGAAUCAUUUCUAGGAUCAUUUUGGAUGAAAGUUAUAACAGCAGUAUUUUUAUGUUUUAUAAAAAAAUUAAUUGAAUUGUGUAAGGCAUGGAGUACGCAAUGGAAUUUUAGACCAGUAGUUUGGGGAAGCCCAAUACUAGUGUAUAACAAAAAUUGCCUAAUGUUUGUGAACCAUUUCAGACGGUCACAACAUUAUGGAUUAGUGUGCAAUCUGCAGGAAUAUUUAUCUGUCAGAGACUUUCCUCUGUAAUUUUACCUGUUGAAUGUUUCCUCCUUUAAGCAUUAUUUUGUAGAUCCAUAGAAUUUUAAUCUGUUUUCCAAUCUGAUUUGAUGGAACUCCUUAAGUAUCAUUUAUCAUAUAGCCCUACCAUUCUAAUAGCUGUGGGAUGCGGUGCUGUGGAUUAGGUAGUUCAUUUGCACCACUUUAAAUGCCCUUCAUAGUGAUGCAACACUAUCCCAAAUCUAGAAACAAUUAAUUGCUGAACAUGUGUAAUUGUUCGAUUUGUGCUCCCAUUAAGUGCCUUGCGAUGUUUUACUGUCUUAAAGUCGAUAUAUACAUAGGUUUGCGUUAAAAUGACUAUAUAAAUAGAAGUUACUUGUUACUUGUUCUCUUACUAUGUUUUUGGAUAACAUAGUUUGGUCAAUAAGUGUUCAGUCUUGUGUGCUACUGAGUAGUGUCAUCUAGAUUCCAGUUGUGUUGCCGAAUCAGUUGAGUUCAGUUGCAAUAGUCCAGUUGAUUUCAUUGUCGCUAGUCCAGGGAGAAGAAGCAUCAGCCAGGAUGCUUCUUCCAUGUGGAAGUCCAUCAGGUUGGUAUUACUUGAGGAGAAUGUCUGCCUUGAUCCAUCAGGUACCUGGAUUGACUUUUUGUUUGACCAAAGGCACGCAGAUGUUCAAUGGUCAUUUGACUACCUGGCGCUGACUGGAUGCCAUUAGGAAAUAGUUAUUUGAUAAAGGGUUAGUAACUGGAGAGCACUUGCAGGGUGUAUCCCCACCAAGGUGUGAAGAGAGGAAAGAAAAUAUUGAUUUACUGUUUUAAAAAAAGGUUGUUUCCUGGAUCUAUUUUCACCUCUCUAACAAAUUAGUUUUACUGAUACAGAGUACACUGGUAUAUCCGUGUACUUCAGUGUACUCUACAACCUUUAUAAUCCUCUGCAAACAGUUACACUUUGGGGCAAUGAAAAUACAUUUGGUAGAAAAUCCUGAAAUGUUAGAGUUCACUUUUGAACUGCUACUCAUUUUUUCCAAACUCAAAGAAUGUUUGACAUUUUUAAAAGUUAGCAGUAUUUGGAGUUUAGUUCAAAAAUAUUGAAUGUAAUCUAUAUGGCAAACAUUGUUUUCUGAUGUUUAAUGUUGUUGCUUUGUCAUGUAGAGUACAUUAAGAUUUUUUGGGGAUAGGCAAUGUGCAUCAUUUAUGAACUGAGAUCUUAGCACAUGGCAAAAUAUGCACAUCUUUAUGAAUCAUUAAUAAGCCUAAUUCGCACACUAUCAGAGACAUUUUCGUUACUGUUCAGAUACUUGAUCACUCAAAACUUGUACUUUUGUCAGGGUGAAGAAAUGCUCCUGCAGUUCUCAAAGGAUAAGACUGCACAGGAUCAUUCUGAAAGCUGGGUUCUUGUUUCACAGAGUUGAAAAUCUCUAUGUUACUAUUUUUCAGUAUCAAAUGAUGGUGUCCAUAAACCACCAUUUGUGUAUAAUUUCAGUGUCUAAGAAUGCUGUAUAUUACUGUUCAUUAUUAUAUAACAUUAUGAUUGAUGUUGACACAUUUUGAAACCUGUUAAAUUUCAUAAUUCCACUAUAAUUUGGAGCAGGUAUCCUGCAGAUAUAGAGAGCUUUUGCGUAUAUGCUGUUGAAUGGUGGAGGUGUACACUUAGCUGUUACUUUGCUGACCCAAAUAUUGCAAUUAUUAGAAGAUUAUUAGAAAGUGAUUUUUUUUUUUUUUAAGUUAGCUAUUUCUGUACGGUCCAGAUUGAAUAACUCUAAGUGCAAUUGCAAUAAUUAAAUUGCUGAAUCAUUAACUGAAAAAAUUAGGAACUAAAAUGUAUUUAGUUUUAAUUGGAAGAGGAAGAUAAGUAAGCAAUUUUAUUGCCUUUGCAUUGCAACUUUUUGACUUUAUGGUGAAGCAAUAUGCCGAUAUGUUCCUGUGUUUUGUGCAUCAUGGGGAGCGUGCAACGGCUAUGAUAAUAUUUCAGAUGAUUUACCAUAUUAACUGAACAUUUACAAAGCAGUUCAAUGUUGACAUGUCCAUUCUCAACCAAAAGUUUCAAAGGGUGUAGGAUUGUUUUGCAGGCUUUUACAUGGCAUAUAUGAGCUCUAUUGAACUUUCAAACCAAAGAACUUAAUUAAUUAAAAGUUAAUUGCUGGUUUUAUAAAAAGCAGAAAAAUGCCAAAAGCCCCUUGGCAUGUCAGUCAACACCUUUAGAGAGGGGAAAGGAAAGCCACUAAUAUUUCAAGUCGAGCAGAGCUUUUCGUAAUAUCAACUGUUUCUGUCUCUCAACUAAUGCUGCUGAGCGUUUCCCAUAUUUUAUUUUGUAUUUGGAUUUACAGUGGCAGGUAUUUUAGUUAUUUAAUGCUGCAAUUGAUGAUAACGCUAUAGUUUGGCAAAGUGAACAUUAUCCGACAAAUCUACUGUCACUUAAGCUUGGCGACCACACUGUUUUAACAAGUGAUUUAAUAAAUAACCUAUGUCAAACAAUCAUUCAUUUGGAGCAUGUUUCCUGGAGAAAGUAUCUUGGUUUUACGGGGAGACAUUGCUUAAGUUUGUUCCUUAUUCUCUGUUUAGUGAGGACCUGCUGUUCAAUAGACUUAUUUUGUGUCAUAUGGUCUAUUCACCUCCAACUCAUUGGCUGAUGCUGUGUUGAAAAUAUGUAUUCAUGAGCUCAUUGAUUUUGAAGUCCAUUUGGUGGUGUUAGAUUUUUUUUUCCACAUCACCGUGGUUUAAAAUCACAUGAGAAAUGUCAGUUUCAUGUCAACAUUAAAAAUACGCAAACAAGGCAUUCAAAAUGUAAAACUUAUUUUUUUAAGAAAGGGGAAUUUAGUACAGUACUAAAAAAAAUAGAUGUAUUUUCUUUUCUGAGAGAUUUUAAUUUGAAUUGAAAUUAAAUUUAACUUUGGGACCUGUUCCUUCAUUAUGGUUGGGGCAUUCUGUGUUAAUCAGACUGUAGAAUUUGCACAGCGGAUGCUUGAGUCCAUGUCUUUCAAUAACAUAAGUUGGUUAUGCACCACAGGAAAACCCUGUAAAUAAAAUGGACAUCUGUAAAAUGUAAACUGUGAUGUAAAAGGAUCUGGUUAAUUUUGUAGAUAUGAUCAUUGUACAUAUUUCUGCAUUUGAUUACUGUGAUUAGUUCUGAUUGUAAAGAUUUAAUAAAUCAAUGUAAAUAUAAUAAA